UAUAAUUGUACGUUUUCUCUUUUCUCUCUGUUCUGGUCUCUUCACCGAUCACCAUAGAAAUACUUCACAUGGUCUUUAUGUCUACCAUCGCUUCUUCUUCGGAGUGUGUUUGUUCCAGUUUCGAAGUAACCAAGUGAAGACGAACCAACCCACCCAUUGCAGGUUUACUUGGUUGGAAGCAAAACAGGCGGUUGAGGAUUGAACAACGGUUAAGGAGAAUACUUCAUGGAUUACUCGUCUCAAGAGGAAGAUUUGCAGUUUUUUUAUGCCAAGGAAGAAGAGAUGAUGACGGCAUCCGACUUCGAUGUAUGGAAUGAUUCACCUGCAAGUGUUGUGGAGCGGCGGAGGAAGUUCUUGCAGUGGAUGGAAGAUCUUGCUCAACCUAUCAAGUUUGAGUCUGAUGGAGCUUCAGAGAACUGUGUUGAAGCUGAGCAGAUAUCUGGAGGAUUCAGCUCUUCUUCUAGUCAGGUAUCUUCCUCUGCUUCAAGCCUAGUGGAAGUUUCCGAGGAGUUGUUGUCUCUGAAUGUGGAUGGAUGCGAUGUAACGAGAUGGGAGAGCUCUUCAACGGCAUCAUCUUCUAGUUCCAGAUGUUGUCCAUUGAAGGAAACAGAGAAGCAGGGCAAUAUCAAGAAGGGAUGGUUCACCAGGCUGCGCUCUUUUGGAUGUUCCGCGGAUUAUACAAAGAUCAGAGCUUCUUCUUCUAGCUACGGCCAUGUGCUUUCAAGAGUUAAGGUCAAGCAUUGUAGGAAACAGACCAAAGAGCUCUCAGCUCUUUAUCAAAGCCAAGACAUUAAAGCUCACAACGGUUCCAUCUCGGCCAUGAAGUUUAGCGGCGAUGGGAAGUAUCUCGCAAGCUCUGGUGAAGAUGGGAUUGUGCGCGUCUGGAAAGUCAUCGAGGAUAAGAGAUCUAGACCACCAAGAGAUUGCCUUAACCCUACUUGUAUGUACUUUGAGGUAAAUGAUCAUUCCCAGUUGAAACCGGUCUUGUUAGAUGAAGAGAAACCAAACAAGACGACAGAAAGUUUCAAGAGAACAUCUGAUUCAGCCUGCGUCGUCUUCCCUCCUAAAGCUUUCCGGAUAAUGGAGAAACCCUUACAUGAGUUCCGCGGCCACACUGGUGAAGUCUUGGACAUCUCAUGGUCAAUGGAUAACUAUCUUCUCUCGGCGUCAAUGGAUAAAACUGUUCGUCUAUGGCAAGUUGGUUGCAACGAUUGUCUUGGAGUUUUCACUCACAAUAGUUAUGUGACGUCUGUUCAGUUCAACCCGGUGAAUGAGAACUACUUCAUGAGUGGUUCAGUUGAUGGGAAAGUUCGAAUCUGGAACGUUUCUGGUUGCAAUGUUGUUGAUUGGGUUGAUCUCAAAGACAUUAUAUCCGCAGUGUGUUAUCGUCCGGAUGGAAAGGGAGGAAUCAUUGGUUCUCUGAGUGGAGGCUGCAGAUUCUUUAACAUGUCUGGAGACUAUUUAGAAUUGGACUCUCAGAUACAUUUGCUUAGCAAAAAGAAGUCUUCUAAUAAACGUAUAACAGGCUUUCAGUUCUUACCACAAGAUCAGAGCAAAGUCCUGGUUGUUUCCGCUGAUUCCAAAGUCAGAAUUCUCCAAGGCAGAGAUGUUGUCAGAAAAUACAAAGGUGUUUGCAAGACGAGAAGCCUCACGUCAGUGUCUCUCACGUCUGAUGGGAAGCACAUUGUGUCAGCUUGUGAGGACUCCAAUAUAUAUAUAUGGAGCAAUGGAGAGGAAUCAGAUUCUUCUUCUUCCCAAACCAAAAAGAUUAGAUCUUUUGAACGUUUCUCCACCAAUGCAUCCGUUGCAGCAACCUGGUGUGGAUUCUUAGAUCACAACGCAACUCUCCCGUUUUCUUCACCCUCUUGCUUAUCUUAUGAAGGAUUUGUCCCUGGAUCAAUCCCCAAAGGAAGCGCGACGUGGCCAGAGGAAAACUUACCUGCAAAUCCUCUUUCCUCGUCCACAAUGAGUGCAUCACACUACAAGUUUCUCAAGUCCUCAUACCAGAGAGCAACGAAUAGCUCUCUAGCUUGGGGUAUGGUCAUUGUCACAGGUGGUUGGGACGGACGGAUCAGAACAUUUCAGAACUACGGCUUGCCUGUGACUACAGCUUGAGAAAACAAAACCAGAUGCCAUUGUUCUGGCAGGUCUUUGGAGGCUAUGGUAGGUCCCAAAAGAAACCUAGAUCCACUUUCUCGGACUUAUGCUAUUGCUCAAUAGUAAAGAAAGAGAUUCAAAAGCAAGUCCCUCCAGAUUAUGAUCCUGUAGAAGAUCUUUCAAGAAGGGGUCAGUGGGAGAUUUUUCCAUCGGUUGAUAUAGACACAGGAGAUGACAAGGAACAUAUGUUUCUUUUUCUUUGGCAGUAAGUGGCGGUUGGAGAUGGUUUCAACGAGUACGGUUCUGUGAGACGAUUGUGGGGUCCAAAGUAAUCAUGGUAAAGGAGUGGUUGAAGGUGAAAGAUGUUGAUGUUACUUCCACAGAAAAGAUCCUCCUUCAUGGAAGAGAAGUUCAGUUUAUUUUAGCUUAUUACAGAUUUGAUUAGAGAAGAAUUAAUUGAUUGUUAGCUCCCUCCACCUCGAGAGGCUCAGGUUUUUAUAUUUGUAAAUGAUUGUAUACAUCACAACUUCUUUAAAAA